GUGAAGAAGAAAAGAUAAUUUCGCGGUGGCCGUUAAAAUAAAGGGAGAUAAUAGAGGAAAAUGGCGGCGACGGCGACGGCGACCGGAGUCUUGAAGUUCGGCGCUCCGGCUCCGGUAAAGGCAAAAUCAGGAAGGCAUCUGACGAAUUUCGCAAGGCUCACGGUGCGCUAUCCAAAUUACUUUCUCAAUACGCGGAUGAAAUUUCCUGCCCUUCGAGCACUUGGACAAGGAGGGAAGCCGAGUGGCAACGACGACAACGACGCCGGCGGUUUCAUCAAUCAGGAGGAUGUGGAAUUUUUCUUGAAACUGGGGGCAGGUUCCAUAGCAGGGGGAUUUGGAAUAAAGUAUGGAAGCAUAAUAUUUCCAGAGAUAACCAAACCCAACAUUGUACAAGCACUUAUCAUGAUAUCAACUCCUGUGGUUGUAGCAAUUUGGCUUUUGAUCAAGCAAAGUCGCGAAGAGACACAAAGCUAACGGUCCACUGUCGUUUUUACAAGAUAAUGAAAGGACCGAAACCAAAUGAUUGUCACACAAGACCUCAGUAAUGCACCAUGACAUUCAGAUAUUAUUUUUGGGGUUCAAAGUCUUGUGCCUUUCUUUUUAAUGAUAGCGUGUACAUGGAUUUCUGUUGUAGGUGCUUGGAAAAACAUGCAGGAAAGAUCUGUGAAUAUUGCUUACUAGUUGGUUGUGGUUGGGAUUUUUGGCGAGUUCUGAAACGGCUCCCAGUCCCAGCAUUGUUGCUCAGUGAAGCAAGUUCUUCAAGCAAUUCUCGCUCUUUUUCACUGUAAACAUGGUUAUUGCUAAUAAUUACUUAAAGAUGAAGGGAAAGUAGAAAAGAAACAGAAUGAAUAACAUUUACAAGGAGAAAGAUUUAUGUUGUAAA